AUGAGUGAGUCCAAGAGGAGUAUUAGCAUCAUCUUAGGUUUGCUCUUAAUGUCAGUGUCAUUAUGUUGCAGUAAACUGUCCUGUAAAAAAGGCCACAGUGGUCCAACCCAUGAGUCCAUUCAGGCUGUGUUUGACCUGGAAGCCUUCCGGCCAGCAGUGAACCUCAGCAAUCCCACCAUAGCUAACAUCUCCUUCACCCUCUAUGCUGUCCUGGGGGUGUACUGGCACCAUGAGUUCCUGGUUUGGGACCCGGAUGAGUGUGACGGUGUCACCAAGAUUUCUCUCCCUGUGAAGAAGCUCUGGUCUCCAGACAUCAUAGUUUACGAGUUCGUGGAUGACGAUGUCUCCCAAGCUUGCCCUUACGUCUACGUCAACCACACAGGUCACAUCCGCUGGGACAGAAUGCUGCGGCUUGUCUCGGCCUGCAACCUGAAGAUCUUCAGUUUUCCUUUCGACAUGCAGAAUUGCUCAUUCACUUUUGGCUCCUAUAUGCAUACUAGUAAGAACAUGCUUCUUAACAUUUACACAAAAAUAAGGGACGUGAGGCUCAGUCCAGCUUUGAGCUUUCAGGAGAUGUCUCAAAACUCAAAGCGUUACCUGGAAGCCAGUGGGGAGUGGGAACUGGUGGACAUACUGGGAGAGGCCUCCAUCCUUCAGUUUGGGGUCGACGAAUGGGACAUUAUCACCUUCUGGGUGGUCAUAAAGCGGCGGCCGGUGCUCUACGUGGUCAAUCUGCUGAUCCCAAGCUCCUUCCUCAUGCUCAUCGACAUCCUGUCCUUCUACCUGCCCCCCCACAGCGUGGACCGCGCCUCCUUCAAGAUGACCCUCAUCCUGGGCUACACCGUCUUCCUGCUCAUCAUGAACGACCUGCUGCCCAGCACAGCCAACGGCACGCCCAUCAUAGGUAUCUACUUCUCCGUGUGUCUGGCCCUCAUGGUCAUCAGCCUUUUGGAGACGGUCAUCAUAACUAAUGUCCUCCACCAUAACUCCAUGAAAUACAAGGAGGUCCCAACCUGGGUAAGGGUUGUAGUCCUCAAACACAUCGCCAACCUCAUCUGCUACCAGUGGCCGGAGCACGUCAAGGCACCCGCUACACCACAGAAGGAUGAACCUGAAAUUUUAAAUGGCGAUUCUGGGGUGUGGGUCGUCCAACCAGCCAGCCGGACGCCUGCACAGGACCAAACCAGCAGCCUAGGUGCAGCUGCUCUGCCUGAACUGCAACAGAUCUGUCGAUACCUGGGAGACCUUCAUGACCACCUCACCUCAAUGCACAAGGAGAACGAGCUGCAUGGACCAGUGCCUGACCUAAGGGAGAGAUUCAGGGUCGAGUGCCAGGGAGACCUUCAUGACCACCUCACCUCAAUGCACAAGGAGAACGAGCUGCUGGACCAGUGGUGCCAUGUGGGAUACGUCCUCGACUUCCUGCUCUUCCGCAUCUAUCUGCUGCUCAUCUCCUGUUACGCGCUGAAAAUGACAGUUGUGAAACCUGCUGAGCUCAUCUUCAUCUUUUCAAUGCUGCUUCAUGGUAUUGCAGCAAUGUUGAAUUGCACAAACCCAACUCCUGAAUCUUUGUUUGCUGAACUUGGGAAUAAUUUAUUCCCUAAAAAUCUACUGCGACCUGUGAAAAACUUUUCAACUCCAACUAACAUAACCAUUGGUAUUACCGUGGUGGGGAUUCUAGGAGUGGAUGAAAAAUCCCAAACCCUGACAACACUCCUGUGGCAAGUUCUUGAGUGGGACAUCGAGGGACUGAGCUGGGAUGAGAAGGAAUGUGGCACUGAAAGAGUCUCUGUCCCUCGAGAAAAGCUUUGGGUCCCAGAUGUCCAUAUUGCAGAGCUCAUGAAUGAGGACAUGUCUCCUAAAACUCCCUACGUCUACUUAUUUAACACUGGUCAUGUAUAUGACGAUAAGCCGAUAAGAGUGGUCAGCUCCUGCCGAUUAGUAAUCUACACGUUCCCUUUUGAUAUCCAAAACUGCUCUCUGACCUUUGGAUCAUAUCUACACUUUGCCACAGAUGUAAGGAUGAUCCAAGGCACCACAGCUGAAGAGAUACUGGCGGAGUCGCACAAUGUGCUGGAGACCAAUGGGGAGUGGGUGCUCGCAGAUAUCACCGUGGCUUCUUCUAACCUGGCCUUAGAUGUGGGAAGCUACUCUGCGAUCGAAUACCAUAUCCUUUUGAGACGCAGGCCAACCGUCUAUGUGGUGAACCUCCUGAUCCCCAGCUGCUUCCUCAUCACCGUGGACCUCUUCAGCUUCCUGCUGCCCCCCCACAGCGUGGACCGCGCCUCCUUCAAGAUGACCCUCAUCCUGGGCUACACAGUCUUCCUGCUCAUCAUGAACGACUUGCUGCCCGUCACCGGGGAGACAACGCCGCUCAUCAACGUCUUCUUCUCCAUCAGUCUCGCUCUGAUGGUGGCCAGCCUGUUGGAGACGGUGUUUAUCACGAACAUCCAGUACAGCUCCUCUGAGACCCGGGACGUCCCUCACUGGCUCAGUGUCCUCGUGCUGCAAUAUCUAGCCGUAGUAGUUGGUCUCCGUCAAAAAGAAAACAACAGCCGAACCACUAUUUUCCUAAACCCCUCUGCUACCACAGGAGAGAAUUCCCGCAUCCCAAACAUCCCGGGACUCCAUCUUAACUACGUCUCUGGUGAUGUGGCUCCAGCAAAACCCCGUCCGGCCCCGACGGAGCCGGGUCUGGACGAACUGAGGAAAGUGAGCAGAGAUCUCUUGGCCAUCCGCCUCCAGGUGGACAAACACUUCCAGGAGUGCCAAAGCGGGCAGGAAUGGCAAAUGGUCAGUCGAGUCAUCGACCGCCUGCUGUUUGGCUUCUACAUCGUCUUCAUCGCGUUCAGCUUCAUCACCAUCACAUGCAUUUGGACCUGGAGCAACUACGCAUCGUGAUUUAACUGAGACAUUCACACACAUAAUGGAACACAAUGGGAGUUUCUGCACAUCGGGAA